AUGGCUUCUCGUGCUCGCUGGGCGUUCCCUCUGCUGGUGCUGGGCCUUGAAGGAGCUCAGGAUGAAGUACGUUUGACGGAGACCUGGAGCAACAGGGCGUGUAAAUGUGACUGUGAGGGAGGUUCCCCCCCAACAGAGUUCUCCAGCCUGCUGUCCAAACCCCCCAUGGUACGAGGAGUGGACUGCAUGCCAGAAUGCCCCUAUCAUCGUCAGCUGGGCUUCGAGGCUGGUUCUGUGAGUCCGGACCAGAUCACCUGCUCUAACCAGGAGCAGUACACGGGAUGGUUCUCAUCCUGGGUCCCCAACAGGGCCCGACUCAACAACCAGGGCUUUGGGUGUGCGUGGCUCUCCAAGUUCCAGGACAACAGCCAGUGGCUGCAGGUGGACCUGCGGGAGGUGAUGGUGGUGUCGGGCCUGCUCACACAGGGCCGCUGCGACGCCGACGAGUGGGUCACCAAGUACAGCGUCCAGUACCGCACCGACGAGAAGCUCAACUGGAUCUACUACAAGGACCAGACCGGCAACAACAGGGUGUUCUACGGUAACUCGGACCGCUCCUCCUCAGUGCAGAACCUGCUGCGGCCGCCCAUUGUGGCGCGCUACCUGCGCAUCCUGCCGCUGGGCUGGCACACGCGCAUCGCCAUGCGCAUCGAGCUGCUGCUCUGCAUGAGCAAGUGUGUCUGA